AUGGAGACCAUCAAGCGUGGAUGGACCGACGGCGAUAUCCAAGACGAGUUAUGUCGAUACGCUCUGAAGUAUGCCACCAACAGCACCGGCAACACCGUGGGCGAACUGAUUCUGGUCACGCAUUCCAUGGGCAAUCUCAUCACGGGUGGCAGCAAGACGUCGAAUCUGCUUGAACAAAAGUGCACUUAUGGGAAGAGUGAUGACGAUGCGCUUAGUGGGAUCUUUUUGGACUUGGUGGGGCAAUGUCCUGUUGAUCGAGCAUACGCCCAGCUGAAGCACCAAAGCACCGUAGAUGCUACCUUGCGCAACCAGUACCUGUCUGCUCAAUCUGCUCGCGCCAACCACCCCAACAAGAAAAUGCUAUGCGGUGAGAGUGCCUUUGGGUUGGUCACGACCGGUUCAGUCCUCCAGUUAGUGUCGUACUUGUCAGAGCACGACACUGUCAAUGACGGCGUCGUCGACUUCAACUCGUGCAGCGUUGGCGUUGGUGAGUUUGGAACCUCUACAACCAGUACCAACUACAAGGCCUCCGUGAAUCAUUUCGACGCGUCGUUCCGCAACGGAGAUGGGUGGUGGGGCGACCAUCGCAAGCCUAUCAAGUGGUUUCGAUGCGUCUUGUAA